AUGACCUCGAUUUCACAACUUACAGAAGAAGAAAGAAACUUCACCAAAUUUGUCUUGCUGAACUUUAAAGUAUCACCUGAUAUUGCCAGACGAUUCUUUGACGGAGUAAUUCGGCCAACACAAUUGGCUAAAAUUGUCAAUAGUAAUAUACAUGCAAUCAUCAAUUUACAAAAAUCAAAACGAAUUAAUGUGACUCAGUUGAAAAUACUAAGAGAUGUUCCUGGAACGGUAUGGCCAUCAUAUCUUCCUCCGAUGCCCAUGGGAACAAAAGCUACAUCUUCCAUGGACUUUGAUAUAUCACUAAUGGUAUGUCUGCUGCGUAAUCUAGGAGGUUUAUUAACACCCUCCAAUGGUUGGGAUCACCUUCCACAUCCGAACGAUAUGUUACCUGGAGCUCACUUGGCAACACUGAAGUGGUACAGAAAUCAGUUGGCUCAUGCAACAGUUACUUCUAUGGAUACACAUGAAUUUACAGACAAAUGGGUUUGUGUGGAAAAGGCAUUGACAUCUUUAAAUAAUGGUCAAAGACCACAUGAAGUGACCGAUAUCUUAGAUCUUGAUCUUGACGGAGAAAUAGCAAAAACAGUUGCAAAUGCAGAACUGAAUCAGAUUAAAAAGGAAUACCUUGAUUGUGAAAAAGAAAAGGAACAGAUAGAAAGUGAUUUCUCCUUUUACAGAGAAGGGAAUCUUCCUAAAAACAUCGCAGAAACGAAUGUAACUUUGUUAGAUGCAUGGCGGAUAGAGGACAACAUCUUUUACGAAACAAAGGGAUCAAAACUUGUUUAUGCCAAAGUUAAGGAUUUUGGUUGUAUUUUGGUGACAUCAAAUUCAGGAUUAGGCAAGACGGCCAUCAUCCGUCACAUCGCAUUGAAACUGCAUUCAGAAGGAUUUGAAAUUGUUCCCGUAGAGUCCCCUGAGGAUAUUAUCAAAUACAAAACAAAACAAAAACAAGUUUUCCUUAUUGAUGAUGUCCUUGGAAAAUACGAUUUAAGUCUGACACUGUUGGAGAAAUGGGAAAGAAUAAACGAAAAGCUGACUAGAUGCUUAGGGUCUGAAUUAGGUUCAAACAAAGUUUUAUGUACAACGAGAUUACAAAUAGCACUCAACACAAGAUUUACGAAUGCUUCGACAAUUUUAAACCAGGUAAUCGUUAAUUUAGAGGAAGGGUCUAGUGCACUCUCAAAGGAGGAAAAACGAAGAAUAUUAUUAAAACACCUAAACCGAAGUAGCAAAGAGAAGGAAAUGAAACCAGAAGAAAUUGAAAUUCUGUGUCAAACAAAAUAUGCAUUUCCGCUUCUUUGCAAAUUAGUUUCAACUAAUGAGGAAAGAUUCAGAAACAGAAUCGCAUUCUUUAGGCAACCCAUAUCCCUCUUGAAUGAGGAACUUAAUAAAAUGAGUAACGAAAAUAAGAGUCUGUAUUGCUCAUUGGUGCUAUGUAUGUUGUAUAAUGGUACAUUAAGUAGAAGUAUAUUUGACUUUGACUUGCGUAAAUGUGAUGAGAAAAUCUACAAAAUAAUGCAACAUUGCGGGCUGCAAAGAAACACGCCUAAGAAAGAACUUUGGGAUAGCGUUCUAUGUGCUGUAGGAUCUUAUUUCACCCAGGAGAGUGACAAUAUCCGGUUUAUUCACGAUGCUUUGGAAGAGACUGUUGGUCAUCAUUUCUGUUCGUUUAAUCCAAAAGUAAUGUUUUCAGAGUGUGAUAUCUUGUUUAUAAGAGAUCGAGUCCGAGUUCAUUCCAAUAAAAAUGGAAAUGAAAAUAAGGAUGAAAAUAUUGUGAUUAUUCAGGAAGAUGACCUGAAUAAGGAUCAUCUUAAACCAUUAUAUAAUAGACUAUUUAAAGAAUUGAAAAGUGGAAGAUUUUCAAGUCUGUUGAUGAGCCACCUUUUUAAGAAUAGAAACUUCAUCUGUAUAUUUGGAACUAUUAUUGACAAUAGUGGAAGAAUGCGUUUACAUACUUUGUUGAUAAAGGUAUGUUCUGAAAGGUUACAAAGAGACCAGUCAAUCCUCGAAAAGGCUAUAGAGUGUUUUUCCAGUUAUAGGGACCAGUCAGCUGUAGGAAGAAAGGUAGAAAAAAUAUUUUCAUCCAACAAAGAAUUUCAAGAUAACAGUGAUGCAAUUAGUCGAAAUGUAGAGGCAAUAUGGUCCAGAAGUACACUCAUGUACUGGAUUGUAGCUUUUGGCUGUUAUGAGUUCUUUCAUUAUGUAUGGAACAAGAUUACUACUUUAGAGCGUAAAUGGUUACUGACUAGAGAUAUUUUUUACCAACCCUCAGUAAAGUCAUUCUUUCCCCUAGCUGUUCUAGGCGGUAGCAUAGAUAUUGUUACAGAAUUAAUUUCUUCUGGUGCCGAUGUUAACUGCUUUUCGGAAUUUUGGGAAACAUCUUUAUAUAUAGCAGUUAGGACGGGUCAAUAUGAUAUGGCUCACUUACUGGUGAGAAAUGGAGCAAAGGUAAACCUGAGAGGAUGGUAUGCAGUAAAGACUCCAGUUUUGGUUACAGGAAGCAAAAACAGAUUUACUAGUUUGCUACUUCAGUAUGAUUUAAACCAGACCGAACUCCAUAUUGCAGUACGACAAAACGAAUUAAAAAAGUUGAGAUCAAAUAUUACAUCAGAGAAUAUUGAUUCUAGAACUGAGAGUGGAUGGACAGCUCUUCAUUAUGCUGUAAUAUUGAAUAACGUAGAGGCUGUUAUGACUUUAUUCCAGGAAGUAUUGUUCCAAGACGAUGAUUCUCAUUUUGACUCUAACUUUGUUCAAGAUAACGAAGGAGAAAUAAUGAACAGAAAGCCGACACCAAAAGUAAACAUAGUUGACAAUAACGGACUUACUGCUGUCCAUCUAGCAGUUAUAAACAAUAAUAUCAAAAUACUAUCCCUUCUGCUUCGUAAUAAAGCUAAAGUGGUGGUUAGUGAUGAUUUCGAUAGAACCCCUUUACAUUACACGAAGAGUGAUCGUGUAACAAAAUUAUUGCUUUCGCGUGGAUUUCAGAACAACUGUUUAGGCAAUAAUCGAAGCACCGAAGAUGGGAAUUUGUAUAACAGAAAACCUCUGUCAGCUUUCAGGACCGUAUUUUCUAAUAUUACUCUACAUACUAGACUCGGAGUUAUAUGUCGGGACUUUGUAAACACGCCAGACAAGGAGGUCAAAUUGGCAACACAAAGCAUUCAAGUGCAGAAGGUCGAAAAAGAGGAAGAAGAGGGAGUGGAACAAGUUAGAUACAGAUUAAAGAGAUCAAGCAAUGAUUCCAAAGGAUCAAAUGAUUCAAAUUCAAGUAACAGAACUAGUGAAAGAAAAUCUAAACUGUUUGGCACGAGCUCAAAACAGAGCGAGAUUCGAAAGGAUACAUGUGUAGCUGCUCUGGACAUUGGAACUACAUUCUCAGGGUAUGCCACAGAUUAA